ACAAGGCGUUGUCCUGGUGCAAAAUCCACCCGUUUCUCCAUAAUUCCGGUCGUUUCUUUCUCACACGUUCACGCAAUUUUGUUAAGACUUCAAUGUAAUACUGCUGAUUUACCGUCUGGCCACUGGGUACCCACUCUGCCAUCACAAUACCCUGGCAACCUGCUGGCCUCGCUCGGAGAUGUCUUCCUCCACGAGUCGCCGACCCUGGUAUCCAUCCAGCUGGACUCAAACAGCCUCGUGUCCUUGCACAAUGACUCGCUGAGGGGACAGUCCUCCGUCCAGAUAAUGUGGUUGGGGCACAAUCGGCUGACCCGCGUGGACCGCGCGCUCUUCAGUGAUUUGCUGCUCAUCCAGAGGGUCUACCUCACCAACAACAGCAUCUCGCACAUCGAGGACCGUGCCUUCGAACCCAUGCAGGCCCUCAAGUUUCUCGACCUGAGCCUCAACAGACUGAGCCGCGUGUCUGGCCACACGUUUGCGGAUCUGCACGAGUUGGAAGAACUGUACCUCGCGGGCAAUGGGUUGCAGACCAUCGAGCCACGCGCCCUCACGUCCCUCAAGAAGUUAAGAACCCUGGACCUCAGCGACAACAGCCUUGCGAUACUGCAUGACUCCAUUUUCCAGGAAGGACUUCCCAUCAGACUUCUGAACCUGCGCAACUGUUCAGUGUCCCGCGUCGAUAGUGGCGCGUUCAGGGGUCUGAACAAUCUUAAUGAACUGAACCUUGAGCACAACCGACUUACGGCUGGGUCACUGCGGCAAUUGGAUAUCCCCGGCUUGCGGGUGCUGCAUAUAUCGGGCAACAACCUGAGUGCGGUGCAAAGCAACGCGCUGGAGGGCCUGCCGUCCCUGCAAUUCCUGACCCUGAACAACGCGCACAUCAGCAAGCUGCCGCGCGCACUGCUCAACGCCAACAAGGACCUGGCGCACCUCGAACUGUGCGACAACCGCCUGAAGCAACUAGGCCGUGAUGUGUUCGCCUCUCUCAAGGGCCUUCGGGAGUUGCGUCUGGCUCGAAACUCGUUCCUUGAAGUGCCCUAUUCUUCCCUGGGAAAUCUGACUUCUCUAGAGGUGUUUACCAUGUCAGGCAACCUACUCACUGGCGUCGAUGUCUCACGACUGAGUGGCCUGAUCCGCCUGCGAGAGCUUGACCUCAGCCGCAACACCAUUUCUUCGCUGUCGGGAUUUGCGUCUGCGAACCUGUCGCAGCUGUCGAGUGUAGACCUCAGCAGAAAUUCGCUGGCCGCACUUCCCGCCAACUUCUUCCACCUCUCUACUUCGCUUCGGCGCCUUGACCUCGCCCGAAACAAGUUCCGGCAGAUUCCCACAGCGGCCCUGAAUCUGCCCGGACUGGGAUGGCUGAAUCUUACUGGAAACCCUCUGUCGCGCAUCCACGAUCUGUCAUCCGUCCGGCUGUAUCCCAGCAUGCAAGAGAUCCACAUCAGUGGCACAAACCUCACCAUCGUGACCAGCAAGGACUUCGAGGCCUUCCCGGCGCUCUUGCACCUCUUCCUGGACGUAAACCGGAUCUCGCGCGUGUCUCCAGGCGCUUUCAGGAGUUUGCCCAACUUGUUAACUCUGGACCUGGGAGUUAAUGAGCUGGAGCUUUUGCCUCAGGAGAGGCUUCAGGGUCUUAGUCGCCUGAGGCUCCUCAAUCUCACUCAUAAUCGUCUCAAGGAGUUAGAGGAAUAUCCACAAGAUCUUAAGUCACUCCAAAUUUUGGACUUGUCUUUCAACCAAGUUACCCGAGUGGGCAAGUGGACGUUUCGCCACCUGGAGAACCUUGCCGAGCUUCACCUGUAUGGGAACUGGAUCUCGACGGUGGCCAGUGACGCGUUCAGGCCUCUGAAGAAGUUGCGUGUGCUCGAUUUGAGCAGGAACUACCUGGAGAAGCUGCCGUUGAGUGCGUUCCGUCCACUGGAGACCCAGAUCCGCAGCCUGCGCACGGAGGAGAAUCCGCUGCAUUGCGGCUGCGACUCGCAGGAGCUCUGGGAGUGGUUGCGCGAUCAUCAGAAGCUGGUAGGCGUCACCACGCGCGGUCUCCGCUGCGAACACCCUCCUGAGCUGCGCGGCUUGCCGUUUCUUGACCUGGAGCCACCUCGCUUCUGCUCCACUCCUCUGAUCCUCAAGCUCGCCAUUCAGGACAUCCAGCCCUUCAGUGUCAUCGUCUCCUGGCAAAGCCGCAACCAUUCCGGCCUGCACGGCUAUCGGGUUGCCUAUCACGCGCUAGAUAGAAAUGACGCGGUGCGCGGCAAGCUUUUGGAGCGGGGCUCCCGCACCGUCAAGCUGGGCAAACUUUCGCCAGACACUCUCUACCUCAUCUGCGUUGUGGGACUCGGCAACUGGGCGACAGGCGGCAACAUGACUCACCCUCUGCUAAGCGACUCCGCGUCCACCCGCUGCACCGAGGUGCGUACGCUCGAGGCAGCGUCUGUGGGCGAGGGUCUCCCUGAGGGCGGCUCUAUCCUCACCCGGCGCCUGGGGCUCAUUGUGGGCAGCUGCAUGGGCUUCGUGGUCUUCAUCGUGCUGGUGUCCGUUCUCGGCUACCUCAAGCUGAAGAAGCAGCGCGCCUCCAGCAAGCGCGACCAGCCUCUGCCCCAGGAGUACAUCUCAUACCGGCACUUCUCCAUCCAGAGUGGUGACCACGCGCAGACCGUCAAUAUCGGCACCACGUCGCUCACUUCGUGAACUUAAGGUAAGACGGAACAAAACAACUUAUUUGUCUUCCUCUUCCAGGAAGCGACAGAAAUGGUGUAGGAGUGUCACGACUGAUAUGUGUGGGCAUCAAACGUCUGACAGCGUGUUAUUUUAAAAAGGUUUUAUUCCUAUUGAAUUAAAAUUCUUGACUUAUUCUGGGUAUGUACGAGGGCGUUUCAAAAAGUAACAGCAAAUUGGCAAUAUUUCACGAAAAUAAUACCCCAGGCAUUUCAAACUCCGGCGCAGGGAAGAUACAUUCCUAGAGAAGGUUUUGGCACUGCCCAAUUGA